AAUGGCAUUAACAUCACAUGACACUGAAAAGCAAACAAAGAAAGCUACAAGACAAAAAAGAAGCCACUUGUGAAUCUACUACGAAGUUAUGGAUGAUCCUCCGUUUUUCCCAAGAUGCGGUAGAGGUCGCCAUAACAGACAUCAUCGCCGCGGUCCACACCACCCACACCACCCUCACGGACCUCCUGGACACCCACACGGUCCUCCUGGACACCCACACGGUCCUCCCGGACACCCACAUGGACCUCCCGGACACCCACACGGACCUCCCGGACAUCCACACCACCCUCACGGUCCUCCCAGACAUCCCCACGGGCCUCGUGGACAUCCACACCACCCCCAUCAUAGACCAUGGUUUCCACCUCCACACCGCAGAUGGCCUCCUCACCACUUUCCGCUACCAACGAAUCCGGACUCUCCAGAUCCCCCAAUUGAACCUCUGCAACAACCAAUCCCACCCCAAUACCAACUACCAAGGAACCUGAGUCAGUCAACUGAAGCUGCGAUACAAGGACUACAUGUACUUCAAAACCAAGAACAACUAAAAAAUCCGAGUCACUCAACUGAAGCUGCAGCAAUACAAGGACUACAUGUACUUCAAAACCAACAACCAAAAAGCCCGAGUCAGCCAGCGAUACAAGGACUACCUCAGAACCGAUCACAACCAAGAAACCAAGAAAUCCAAAGUCACUCAACUGAAGCUAUGCAACAACUCAUACUUCAAUACAGGCAACAACUAAUGCUUCAACACGGGCCACCACAAGACACACCAAGACAACUGCAACCUAGAGCACAACCCCCAGAAGUGAGGCCACAACCAGAGCGAAGGGGGGGCUUUGAGUGUGAUUUUGUUGAGGAACCCCCAGACUCUUUCCCCCAAUGGGAAUGCCCCGUGUGUUUAUUUGCCGUACGAGUGCCUCAUCAAGCUACGUGCUGUGGAUAUAGUUUCUGUAAAGGCUGUAUAGGAAGAGUCAAAAGAGACAAUAAACCGUGUCCAACUUGCAACGAGAGAGAGUUUCAAACUUUCCACAACAAAGGGCUAGAAAGGUCGUUGUAUGGGUUCAAAGUGUACUGUACAAAUAGAGCUGAUGGCUGCGGAUGGGAUGGAGAGCUCCGAGAAUUAGAAAAUCAUUUAGAACAAGUACACAACUAGGAAUAUAGAAUUUGGGGGUGUAUGCAGCAAAUAACUGCAUAAAUAUAAUAAUGUAUUCAUGACUUUUGCUGAAAUGUUUGUUACGAACAAUAUUUUUAUAGCUAAAUUCUAAAUUGUAAGUGAUAAGAUAACUCAUAAACGAGCACGCCACACAGACUCUUAACAAAAUUGGUGUUCAUGACUUCAGCUAAAGUGUUCGUGCAGGAUCAACUAAAUAGUUACGAUGAAAGAUCAGGGUAUUCAUAAAUACUGGGAAGGACGAGCUGACUCUGUAUAAAAGGAGUGAGUGAUAUCUUAGACUUAUCAAUAGCAACGAGAGCAUAAAGAUGUCUUCAGAACAAAAAGAACUGCCGCUAUACUCAGAUUCUGAAUCUAUCAGAGAGUUAGAACGACGUGCUAAAGCUAACCCAGG